AGGAACGACAAAGGUAUCUAUACAUAUAUAUUUGAGUUGUGUGUGUACAGCAUUGGUUUGCCGAUUCUCAACCACGAGCGCACGUUAUGCUAAAGUAGGUGCGAUUUAACGUUAUCCUUUCCUUCUUGCAUGUGCAUCUCUACUUCCAACGCACACGGUCGAAAUCGUCUUUAGAUCUCUCGGAGCGGUAAUCGCAAUCUUCAUCAUUAUUAUUAUUAUUUCUUCAUUCGUCUGAUACUGUCUGGUAGAACGUAUGCCUCUCAAGACAACAAGCAGCGAGAAGGACGUGGAAGAUGGGAAGUCCGCGACGUCCCUCCCGGCCACAACGGCGCCCACCCUUCGCCACCGCCACGAAAAGAAGCGCGAGGAGUCGAGUCGCAGCGCAGCAAGCGCGUCAUCGACGUCCACCGCUGUCGCCGCCAAGCAUCCCCCUCCGAGUCCUGCGAUCUCCCUGAAAAAUGCCGUGCUGGUUUUUGCCGCCGUCGUCGUGUCCUUUGCAUUUCUCGUCGCUGCCUUCGUGGGGCUGCAGGUGAUGGUGGUGGACGAGAUGGACCUCCGUAAGACCACGGCGCGGAUGGAGUUAGCCGGGCGGGGGGAGGUGUGGCUGCCGGUGUGGCUCGGAAACUUUGUUGUGAACAGCUUGACGGCUGUCCACGCUGACGUGGUGCGUGAGAGCGACGGUGGUGGCGGACCACCGGCACUUCGACGUGGCGGCACGACCACCGGCCUCGCCGCACCCCCGCCCCGCGUCUGCUCGUCCAACACCAUACAAGAAAAGGAAAGAGGGAACUCGGCGGUCGACUCUGCUGUCGCCUCUGCGUCGUCGGCGGCGCCGCCUGUGCGGCUGCGGUGCUACACGCUGGAAGCCUACAGCGAGAUGUUCCUCCUGCCCCCCCGUAGAGCAACGACCGAGCACCUGUUUAGCUGUGGCACCCGCGUGCGGGACCUGCGCUCCGAGGACCGCCCAGACGUGCUGGCAGCCUGUGAGGCGCACACCAUCUAUCCGAAGAGUACCACCGGCGACGACGCGGCAGCGAGUAGCCGCUUCGCUACACUCCGUGUGCUGCUCACGCCAUCGGAGGAGAAGCGACAUCACGCUAUUCAAGCCGUCAACACGGUCACCCAGCGCAUCCCACUCGCACGUGUUAACGAUGACUACUGUGACUGCCUAGAUGGUACCGACGAGCUGCUGACGAACGCGUGCUCCAUGUCCGGGCCGUUGGCCCCCGCCGCGGGGUCGCGAUGGAAGUCGUAUCUGGUGUCGAAUCAGGCCAUUCAGUUAUACGACGACCCAGACUUGCUGGAGCAAGAAGACCAAGAGUCGCGUGGCUUUCCCUACGUACCGCGCAAGCGUGGCGACGUCCGCGAUCGCCUGUACGUCUCGCAAGGUCCGAUACUUCCUUUUGUCUGCACGUGCGGCGGCACCGUGCGUCAGCUGCUCGCCCCUUCGCUGGUCGGCGACGGCGUGGUGGACUGCUGCGGGGCGGAGGACGAAGCUGCGUCGCAGUCUGUCAUGUCCAACAACCCACCCUCGGUUCAGGCGGCGCUGGAUCGCCUCGUCGCGGCGGAGCAGGCGGAGAUGCGGCGAACGUGGAAGCAUCGUCAGACGGAGGCAGCAACGCAGCUCAAUGCGGACGUGCGCUACGUUGAUUCGCUCUUCCCCUAUCACACCUCCGCUCGUGCGCUGCUCGUCGACAAGGGCUACUACUCGUUGUUUACCCCAGACGUCGUGCAGCAGGAGCGGGUGGCAGCUGCCGCAAUGCUGAGCGACCUCUACUCCCGCGGCCACCGCGUGCAGCACCGGCGGGUGCAAAAAGGUUGGGAGCGGCUGGGUCAGAGCCUCACAGACAAUCGCACCGCACUGCAGAUGGAGCUCGAGAACGUGACGCGGGAGCUGAAGGGGUUGGAGCGCUUCGUAGAGAAUCGCAUGGAGGACCGUCGCACGAAUAACCCCAUCGAGGCCGGCGUGUCCAUGGAAACGCUGCAGCGCCACAGCCAACUCGCCCACGCGCAUCAACGGCUUGGGAUGGACAUUCAACACCUCGUUAUCACCACCCUGCACCACGCCUACGGCGACCACUACGAGUACUACCCACUUCUGCGCCGUGCUUUGGCGAUCGCCCGCGACAAGGUGACAGAUGCCAACACCCCGCCAGACCUGUACAGCAGCAUUGCACAGGAGCGGGAGAAGCGGGUCGUGUCUCCGAUGGGGCUGGAGCAGCAGGCGAUGGCGGCGCAGCAGCGUGGGGAGACGAUGCUGCCCCCGCACAUAGACAACAUCAGCGCCAGCUUUUACGGCAUCGAGGCGGUGCGGCACACGAUGGUGGCGCAGAGGUUUGACCCCUCCGAGGCCCCUUACGUCGCCCAGCAGCUCGGCCUCAUCCCACGCGGGGGGCUCGCCACAGCCGCCUUCGACCCACACGUCUUUGACGGCAUCACCAAUCCGUUUCUGCGCUCGCCGGUCUUGCCGCUCGGGUCGUGGCAGCCCUACCAAUCGCAGCGAGACGGCCGCUCGAUGCAGCUCGCGGACCCGGCCGGGGACCUCCACCUCGCGCGGCGCGCCUGCGUGGCCCCGACCUCCCGACUGUAUCGCGGCGGGGGGCGUUUGCAGUUCCCGACGCGGAACCCCGAGCCCCCACGCACCAUUACCGCGCCGGAUGAAAAGGGCGAGCAGCAGUCGUUGAAGGACAAGCUGAAGGCCGCGGCGACGGAGGACAAGCAGGCGGCCGCCGCGAAGGUGUACAUCCCGUAUCACUUCCACAUGCCGUCUACGUUUGUGGUGGAGAAGUACGUGGGACCCGUGCGGUGCGAUGUGGCGCCUCUGCCGGCGACGCACCGGCGCAACCCGGCCGACGACGACGGCAUGACUUCGCACAAUGAAACUUCCGCGCCCACUGUGCUGAUGUACACUACGUACCUCUGCGACACCAAGGACCGGGUGCUUUACUGGGGCCUCAAUGGAAGAUGCACGCAGGAGGUCAUCAUCGGCACACCGAGCGCGUGUACGGCCUGGGCGCUGAAGGCGGCCAGGAACGCAUUGAAGGAGGUGGCGCCGCGUACGCCGAGCGAAAAGAGCAACGAGGAGCCCGUCAGCUAA